AUGUCAAGCGGGGUGGUUGCGAACAGGAAGGGGUUGCCUGUGUGGGCGUGCUGGGUCUUGGCUGUGUUUGGUGCGCCUUCGGAGUUUGGUCUUGAAUCGGAAGUCAAGGUUCGAUUAUCGGCGCUGGAGGGAACCGUACCGCCGGAGGGAACCGUACCGCCGGAAAAGACCGUACCGCCGGAAAAGACCGUACCGCCGGAAAAGACCGUACCGCCAGAAAAGACCGUACCACCGGAGAGGACCGUACCGCUGAAUUGUGAGGGUCGGUUGGAAUCGAAGUUGGGUGCAUUUUCUGUGCCGAGUGCGGAGCAGUUAAAGGUGGGUGGUUCGUGGAUGGCGCAGUAUUGGACGCCGUUGGAGCCUGAAGAGUAUGAAGAGUUGAGGCGAGCUUCAGAGCAGGGACGUGAGACUUGGUGUAUGAAUUCGGCGUUUUUAUUCGAACGUGUGACGGAUGGCCAGUUAUGGACGACUGUGGGUAGCGGGUCGUUGUUGCGGCCGUUGUUUAUUCCCACGGUGAGUGCGUGGACGCAGUAUGCAAGUCGGUACGUGGGUCCGAGGAGUGCUUAUGAGGGGUAUCGUGCCCUACUAGGUUCGUUGCCAAGCGCUUGUUGGCAGCGAUUACGAACAAUACGACCCGAGGACCUGUGGGGUUGUAAUCUAGCCUAUAUAGAGUUAGCUGCGGUCGUGUGUUUAUUCUUUGAUUUUCCUUACGGCCUAUUGGACCAGGAGACGGCGCGACGUAUUCUGAGCCGUGUAGGCCUAACACCCGCACGACGUAAGGCCAAGAUAUGGUUCGUAGGCUGUUUACUACAACACUCAAAGGUACCCAUCAUGGACCUACUAGACUUCUGCUUACGCACUUUAAACUACCAUCCACAACCCGGAACAGACGCACUUGAAUGCCUGUCCACACGAUCUGCAGCAUGCUAUAAGCAUUCUCGCAAUACUGCGCCCUACCCGUCACGAUUCCAGAUCAUGAGGAACAGACUUAACGGCCUCCAAAAUGUCUCGGCCAUACGAUUUGCACACAUGACCAAACUUAAACCCGGUCGUGACAGAUAUGCCCACAUCCCUCCCUCCAAUGAUAGUCUCCGACAAUGGGCUGCCCACUACUGGCUCCCGCUCGACCGAGCAACCUUCGACGCCCUCAAGGCUGUCCCGAACCUCCCGCAACGCGCCCACGAAAUUACACAGCAACUCGCAAACCAGGAACAGCUGAAAAACGACCAAGACCUGACGGAGCAAGGCCUCCCGAAGCAAGGCCUCCCGGAGCAAGGCCUCCCGACGCAAGGCCUCCCGGAGCAAGGCCUCCCGAAGCAAGGCCUGCCCCGCCUUUACGCCCCGACACUGGUCUCGCUAAUUGCCCUCGGCUUCGCCACGAGUGUGUUUGGAGACAGCUACCAUGCGUAUAAGGUGAUCCACGGCUCCCUGACCAGCGAGCAGUGGCAGAGUCUGCAGCAGGUGGAGCUGGCGGACUUGGAACGCUGCAGUCUUGCCUACGUGGAAUUGGGCUCAGUCAUAUCUCACUACACCGAACUGCCCUACGGUUCGCUGAGUAUGGAGACCAAAGAGAUGUUGGGGCGGCACUUCCCGCCAACGAAGUCGACCCGACAAGUGUCGGAACGACAAGUGUCGGAACGACAGGGGUCGGAACGACAGGGGUCGGAAGACCAACAAAAGAACCGACAACUGCAUCGUUGGAUCACCGGAUGUUUACUUCAGCGCUCGAAAGUCACGAUUCAACAGCUCGUCAGCUUCUGCAUCGGACCAUUGGACUAUCAACCUAUAACCAACCGUAACCAGCUCGACUGCCUACGCCAACCAAACGGUAACCACUACUACCGCCGGGACCUCACCAUUAAGCGCCAGGAGCGACGAGACCGCCUGAAUCGUCGACUCCGCAAAAUGCCCGUAAUCUCCGUACAAGACUUCGCCAAACUCAGUCAGGACAACGUCCUCGCCGUGCUUAACCGCGCACGCAAACCCGCGAAUCGAACCACCGACCAAAAGCUUCCAAGCCCACCCUCCCGACAACCACCCACCCUCCAGCGACCAAGUAUCCAACUUGGUCGACGCCGCGCUCCUCCCGCAACCGAUCAAGAACCCUCCAGCAACAAAAAGGCACACCUGGACGCAACACUCCCUUCUGAGAACCGUUGGGUUCAUUCCUCACCCGAGACCAGCUCCACCCAAAUAAACUCCCCUCCGACUGCGUCCCCUCAGGCUGAGUGCCAUGUGGCUGAGUGCCCUCAGGCUGCGUCCCCUCAGGCUGAGUGCCAUGUGGCUAAGUGCCCUCAGGCUGAGUGCCAUGUGGCUGAGUGCUCACAGGCUGAGUGCCGUCAGGCUGCGUCCCCUCAGGCUGAGUGCCAUGUGGCUGAGUGCCCUCAGGUUGCGUCCCCUCAGGCUGAGUGCUCUCAGGCUGAGUGCCCUGCAUGGAACGAAAGAGCUCUGUCCACUGAGAAGCAUCCACUGGACUCCUUCUUCGAAGAACGCUUCCUUGGAUCUCUCUCCACUGGGGUUCAUCCCCUAGAGACUGGCUCCUCCCUCCUUGCAGCUCUCUCUGCUGGUAGUAAUUCCCUUGGAACUGGAUGCAUUGAUACUGGACCACUAAAGGCUUUGGUGUCUGACUCUCCUGGAAUUAGCCCCCUCUCCACUGGAGCUCUUUCCGAUGGGACGGACAUCCCUGGACCUGGCCCUCAACAAGCUCUCUCUACUCAGUUCCUUGGAACCGAGUUCCUUGGAACCGAGUUCCUUGGAACCGAGUUCCUUGGAACCGAGUUCCUUGGAACCGAGUUCCUUGGAACCGAGUCCGUUGGAACCGAGUCUGUUGGAACAGAGUCCGUUGGAACACAGUCCCAUGUAACGCGGGCGAGGGAGUGGUGGACGUCUUGGGAGGGCGAGCUGGAGGAUGAAGGAGUUCUUGAAUAUUAUGGGGGUCGGGUGUAA